CCACGGGGUUUCGGAUGGGACGCGUCCUCCUCGGCUGCUCUUUCCUUCCGCGGUGUGGCUGGAUCUCCGCGGGGCGCCUGGCUGCAGGGGGAGCCCGGGCCGCUCUGCUGGGAGCGAGGGCGGGCGGAGGUGCUCGGGGCCGGCUCGCUGGCCCGCUUCCUCCCUUCCUGCCGCGCUCCCUCGCUUGCCUCCAGCGGCGUGGAGGGGAAGAGGCCUUCCCUCGCCCGGCCUGGCCUCGCCCAGCCCGGGCCCUCCUCUUCCUGCCUCCCGCCCCUCCGCACACCGCUGCCUCUUCCCGGCUCCCCAGGCGCGCACCCAGCAUGCAGGCUUUCCAGUACCCCCAGGUCUUCCGCGACGAGGCGUCCGUGCACGAUUAUCAUGGCUGUAAAGUAACUGACCCUUAUAGCUGGCUAGAGGAUCCUGAUAGUGAACAAACAAAGGCUUUUGUGGAAGCACAAAAUAAGAUAACAGUGCCAUUUCUUGAGCAAUGCACAAUACGUGGGCUAUUUAAGGAACGGAUGACUGAACUUUAUGACUAUCCCAAAUACAGUUGUCACUUCAAGAAAGGGAAAAGGUAUUUUCACUUUUAUAAUUCUGGACUUCAGAACCAACGGGUGUUAUACGUGCAAGAUUCCUUGGAAGCUGAAGCUAAAGUAUUUCUUGACCCAAAUAAGCUUUCUGAUGAUGGUACUGUGGCUUUACGAGGUUAUGCAUUUAGUGAAGAUGGUGAAUAUUUUGCCUAUGGUCUGAGUUCUAGUGGGUCAGACUGGGUAACCAUCAAAUUCAUGAAGGUGGAUGGUCAUGAAGAACUUCCAGACACAUUGGAAAUGGUAAAAUUUAGUUGUAUGGCUUGGACCCAUGAUGGAAAAGGCAUGUUCUACAACUCCUAUCCAAAGCAAGAUGGUAAAAGUGAUGGCACUGAAACAUCAACCAACUUACACCAGAAAUUAUACUAUCAUGUGCUAGGAACUGACCAAUCAAAGGAUGUUUUGUGUGCUGAAUUUCCUCAUGAGCCAAAAUGGAUGGGUGGUGUUGAGGCUGAGAGAGAGAGACAAGAAGGGAAUGUUUUCAAAAGGGAAAGAAGAAUAUCUGAUGAUGGGCAGUAUGCUUUGCUAUCUAUACGGGAAGGAUGUGAUCCAGUAAACAGGCUGUGGUAUUGUAAUCUUCAGAAGGAAUCAAAUGGCAUAACAGGAAUUCUGAAGUGGGUGAAACUGAUAGACAACUUCGAUGCAGAAUAUGAAUAUGUCACCAAUGAGGGAACCACCUUUACUUUCAAAACAAACCGUCAUGCUCCAAACUAUCGGUUAAUUAACAUUGAUUUUAGUGAUCCAGAGGAAGCCAAGUGGAAAGUGCUGGUUCCUGAACAUGGGAAGGAUGUUCUAGAAUGGGUAGCUUGUGUAAGAUCGAACUUCCUAGUGUUGUGUUAUCUCCAUGAUGUGAAGAAUGUUCUCCAGCUUCAUGACCUAGCAACUGGUUCUCAUCUCAAGACUUUUCCAUUGGAUGUCGGCAGCAUUGUAGGUUAUAGCGGUCAAAAGAAAGAUACUGAAAUAUUUUAUCAGUUUACUUCCUUCUUAUCACCAGGUAUCAUUUACCAUUGUGAUCUCACCAAAGAAGAACUGGAACCAAGUGUUUUCCGAGAGGUCACAGUGAAAGGAUUUGAUCCUUCAGCUUAUCAGACAGUGCAGGUUUUUUACCCCAGCAAAGAUGGCACAAUGAUCCCCAUGUUUGUUGUCCACAAAAAAGGAAUCAAAUUAGAUGGAUCUCACCCAGCCUUCCUUUAUGGUUAUGGUGGCUUCAACAUAUCAAUCACACCAAGCUACAGUGUAUCGAGAUUGAUUUUUAUAAGACAUCUGGGUGGCAUUAUGGCUGUGGCUAACAUCAGAGGAGGUGGUGAAUAUGGAGAGACAUGGCACAAAGGAGGUAUUUUGGCCAACAAACAAAACUGCUUUAAUGACUUCCAACAUGCAGCAGAGUACCUUAUCAAAGAGGGAUAUACUUCUCCUAAGAAGCUGACUAUUAAUGGGGGUUCAAAUGGAGGCCUCUUAGUUGCUGCUUGUGCCAAUCAGCGUCCAGAUCUAUUUGGGUGUGUUAUUGCUCAAGUGGGAGUGAUGGACAUGUUGAAGUUCCAUAAAUUCACCAUCGGUCAUGCUUGGACAACAGACUUUGGCUGCUCAGAUUACAAAGAACAGUUUGAAUGGCUGUACAAGUAUUCUCCUCUGCAUAAUAUCAAAAUACCCGAAGGAGAUGGAGUCCAAUAUCCUGCCAUCUUGCUACUAACAGCUGACCAUGAUGACCGUGUGGUGCCUCUUCAUUCCCUGAAGUUCAUUGCUACUUUGCAGUAUGUUCUAGGCAGAAACCCGAAGCAAGCCAAUCCACUCCUAAUUCACGUUGACACCAAGGCUGGCCAUGGUGCUGGAAAACCAACAGCCAAAGUUAUAGAGGAAGCAUCUGACAUGUAUGCCUUUAUAGCAAGAUGCUUAAAUCUGGAGUGGAUAGAAUAGCUCACUGUUAUCUCCAUAUGAAAUCAAGGGCUUUAACAACAUUUUAAAACAGUAGGAGCACUUGGUGUAGUACUUACAUUUAAGGACUGCCACUCCCAGCUUCCCUUGAACUUUUCCGCUUCUAUUCAGUGUUUACUUCACUCAUUUUAGGUCCACUCAUCUGUUUUAAUUAGCAUGUUCCAAUAAAUAGGCAGAAUGCAGAUGAUGCUGUUAUGUGAAUUCUUAGACUCAAAGUUGGUGGUGGUGGUGGUGACUAUUCAGUACAAUGCGGUUUUAAUGUAAUUUUCUCCUUCUAAACAUAUCCAGCUCACUUGUAAUUAAAUGUAAGUACUGUUCCAGUAUAAAUUGUCAGCUUGUAUUUUCUUUACAACCACAAGAAAUGUUGGGAAUGCUGCCAAUAUUUCUCCAUUAAAACACCUAUAUUACAAAUGCAGUGUAAUUUCAGGUUGUGUUGUCACUUCUCUUAAGGAUCUGGAUUUUGUUCAACACUCCUUGAGGUCACUGCAUAGUGAAGCAGUAUUAAAUGUACAGUACAUGUAUGUGUGUGUAUAUGUAUAUGUGUGUAUAUACACACACACACACACACACAUAUGUAUAUACACACACACACACAUACAGAUACAGGCACACAUGUACAAAGAAACACCACUUCUUAGCAUUCAUUUUAAAACAUUUGUAUUUAAACUACUACAUGGGAAAAAUAUUGUAAUUAAAUUGAGUACUAAUAUUUGAAUCAAUGGAUAUCAAGCAGUAAAGAAUCAAAGGAUGCUCCUACUGAAUGAAUGUCCCUUUCUCUUGGAAACUUUUUUUGUCCAGUCAUGCCACUGUUUUCUGUUAAAGUCACUAAUGCUCACAGAAAUCAGGCUUUCCUUUUAAUAAAAUGUUUUUGUGGUGUCUAAUUUGUAAA